AUGCCAAUGUUGGUUCCAAAACCUCUAUCGGUAGUUAGCGAGUAUAAUUUCAGCGAAGAUAGGUCCUCGCAAAAAGUUGACAUAGUCGUUGUUAAAACCUUCGUCGCUUUUAGCCACGGUUCUUGUAGUGAGCUAACUUCAGCAAAUCACGCUCAUGAAAGCUUUCUUGAGUGCUUGACCACCCGUAUAUCUAAGUCCAACUCAACCUCCACUCCCGAAUCCAUUAUCUACACUAAACAUAACCCGUCGUAUUCAACUAUAUUAAAUUCAACGUCUCUAAAUCCUCGUUUCUUUCCUUCUUCCGCCAGAUAUCCGUUGCUUAUUGUCACGCCACUUCAUGCCUCCCACGUCCAAGCCACUGUUCACUGCGCCAAGAAACACGGCAUACAAAUCAGAAUCCGAAGUGGUGGCCACGAUUACGAGGGCCUCUCUUACAUGUCCAACGUUACUUUUGCCAUACUCGACUUGAGAAACCUAAGUUCUAUUAACGUUGAUGUGAAGAGAAAGUCUGCAUGGGUUCAAUCCGGAGCGACGAUUGGUGAACUUCAUUAUUGGAUUGCUAAAAAAAGCCAAAAUCUUGCCUUUCCUGGCGUCGUCGGACACACUGUUGGUAUCGGUGGAAUGCUAGGUGCAGGUGGCUAUGGCUAUUCGUCGCGAAAAUACGGGCUCUCAGCUGAUAAUAUUCUUGACGCGCAACUUAUCGACGUGCGAGGAAGAAUUCUCAAUCGAAAAUCUAUGGGGGAAGAUUUGUUUUGGGCCAUACGUGGUGGUGGAGCAGGAAGCUUUGGAGUCGUUCUUGCCUGGAAAGUUCGCCUAGUUGACGUACCGUCGAAAGUGACUGUGUUUACAGCCAUAAGGGACUGGGAUAACAAUGCAACAAAGAAGUUUAUUCAUCGAUAUCAGCGCCGUAUUGCCAAGGUCGAUAAGGAUAUAACUAUCAUUGUCAGAUUCCUAACAGCAAGUAUUACCGAUGAAAAAGGGAAUAAGAAAAUUCAAAUAUCAACUUUCAUCUCGGCCACAUACCACGGCAGCCAGGAUAGGCUCCUUUCGUUGAUGGAAAAAGAGUUUCCAGAGUUGGGUUUGCUUGCAAAAGAAUGCGCCGAAGGGACAUGGGUCCAAUCCAUUCUCUAUUUCAAUUUAUUGACAAAUAGAAAAUCCUUGGAUGUCUUACUCAAUAGAACGCUGAAUUUUGAAUGGAGGGCUUUCAAAAUUAAAUCUGACUACUUGAAAAAGCCUAUUCCGGAUCAAGCGCUAGAAAAUUUGUUGGUUAAGUUGUAUGAAGAAGACAUUGGAGAAAGCUUUGUCGAAUUUUUUCCUUAUGGGGGGAAAUUGGAUGAGAUUUCAGAAUCUGAAAUUCCAUGCCCACACCGAGCUGGAAACCUCUACAACCUUCGGUACAUGGUGUUAUGGAAAGAAGGUCAAAAUGCUACAGCAGUCAACAAGCAUCUGAGUUGGAUAAGGAGAGCUUACAAUUACAUGACUCCCUAUGUAUCAAAAAAUCCGAGGGGUGCAUUUCUCAACUUUAGAGACCUUGAUAUUGGAACCAAUCCUAAUGAAAAUGAGAUCAACGGUGCUUAUAACUAUAUUAAACAAGCAAGCAAUUGGGGUACUAAGUAUUUUAAGAACAAUUUCUACAAAUUGAUUUAUGUAAAGACUAUAGUUGAUCCAACUAAUUUCUUUACGUACGAACAAAGCAUCCCGUCCCUUCUUCCACAUUAA